CUGUUACUACAUAGUUCACAUCAAGAGGUGAACAAGUAUGCCAAAAGUCCCUUCACUUGAAAUAGUAUUAACUAUAUAUAAGGUUGUGACCACCUUUUUGUUUUAAUUAUUUUUGCCAAUGACUUGGGCUGAAAUUUGUUGCAUGAUGGUCAUGAAUAUGCCUCUUCUGCAUGAAGUUGACUAGUUAUAAGAAAGAUGGCAUGUUGCUGAGAGAGGAAUUCAAGCUGAAAGGACUAUUUUCAUACUUGAGGUGUUUCCAUUCACUUGCACAGAAACGCCAUGAUGACACCUCUCCAGGAACAGAAAACGAGUUGGAAGAUGUGCCAAGAGUCCUUGGUCCCCUGGAGCUGAAUCUUCCCAAUUCUGAUACACUUUGGGUCUCCAAUCCUCGACCAGACCAUUCUGCCAGCUAUUACAACUUCAGUCUCUUUACUUUCUCGCUGAAUGACUUACGUCCAGAAAUGAAGAAAAUCUUGUGUCCUACGGACUGUCGAUUACGACCUGAUAUUCGCAAGCUGGAGGAGGGAGAUCUCUCAAGAGCAUCAGCUCUUAAGCAUAGUCUUGAGGAGAAGCAGAGGGAAUCCCGGAAGAAAAGAGCUAGGUUUGGAAAGGAAGCCGAUCCAGAAGCUCUGUGGUUCAAGUUGGGACGGAAUCCCCACACAAAAGAAGAGGACUGGGUAUUUACAGAGCAGUAUUGGGAACGGGACUUUUCCAAGUGCCCUGACAUCUUCUAAGAGUCCCUUUCUCCCAUGCUCACAUUCUAUCUUUCUCCUUCACAUGAAGUCUAGAAAGAUCUGGGGUCCGUUUCUCUGAAAAUAAACAGAAAGAGGUCUCUCUAGUCAAGUGUACAUGAGUCCUCUAGUGAGAGACUGUGAUGUGGCAUUCAGUGAUCCUUUGUGAUGUGUGAAGAUGAUAUUAUCCGCUUGGAUCUGUCUUAUUGAAUGGUAGGAACCUACUGCCAUUGCAGCAACUCCCUGGAUCCAAUGCCAUACUUGUAUUCCAAAUUUUUAUUUUUCUGCUGGCAUGCAUUAUUCAUUUCCUAUCUCAUCAAAUCAAGAUAUUUUUUUCUGGCUCCUGGACUCCUGCUAGAGGUAUUUCACAAUCCUGUCAGGAUGUUUCAAUGCACAUUUAAGGUUAUUUAUUCAUUUCAUGAUGCUGUAAAGCUGGUAUGUCUUUUCCCAUGAUUUUUGGAACCUCUAGAUGACAUCUCUGGUCAUGCAUCGCUCUGCCACGUCAAAUUUGUGUCCACGUGAGAAAAAAAAGUUCCUUUGGGAUGCAAAUCACCUUCUGAGGCUGUAGGUUUCAAAGCUUAGACUGGAGUUUUCAUGUUUCGCCAGGGAAUGCCCCCCCCCCCCCCCAAA